AUGUGGCGGUUGCGAUCUCUCACCGCAGGUAGAAGCUCCUCGAAGGGCGUCAAAGUGGUGAUCAGGCACUGUAGUCGUAUAGGGGGAGCGGUCGCAGGGUGGUCGGGCCAGGGGGAAGGGCAGAGGGAAAGCCGAAUGGGUCGAGGACGUGGUCUAGUGCCCCAGACUUCCCGGAAUGAAUCAGUGACAUUUAAGGACGUGGCCGUGCUGUUCAGCCAAGAUGAGUGGGAGCACCUGAAUUCUGCCCAGAGGGCCUUGUAUAAGGAUGUGAUGCUAGAGAACUACAGCAACCUGGUCUCAGUGGGACUUAUAGUACCCAAACCAGAUAUGUUUUCCCAGACAAGAAAAGGUGAAGAGUGGAUGCUGGAAGAUGCCUCGGGCGGCUCCUGUCUCGGUAAGAUUCACACCUAUGACCGGCAUUGGGAAGGAAAAACUCAGCUCUUCAUAGUUGACUGGCUGACUAUGCUUGUGAGUAUGAAAUCUACCCUGAAAGCAGAUAUUCCUGAUGAAAGAUUGGAUCAGCGGAAGAUAAAGGAAAAACUCCCUAGAGAUUAUCAUUGGAAAUGUGAUAACGUGUUAGAAAAGAAGCAUGGAAGGCAGGAAUUAAAUGUGCAGCAAGUAAUAGUCACUCACCAGAAAACCCUAUCUGGACUUGGUGUCCUCGGACAUAAUGAAUCUGGAAAGGAUUUAUCUCUUACUCUGAGUCAGAGUGUUCGGUCUAACCAAAAAGCCUUUGAGUGUAAUGAGUGUGGAAAAGUCUUCACUAAAAAUUCUACCCUUAAGAAACAUCAGCAAAUCCAUACUGGAACACCGAAUGCAAAUCUGAAAACUUUUAAAGAGAAACGGUAUGAAUGUAGAGAAUGUGGGAAAGCUUUUCACCAGAGUACACACCUUAUUCAUCACCAAAGAAUUCACACUGGUGAGAAACCUUAUGAAUGUAAAGAAUGUGGCAAAGCCUUUUCAGUGAGUUCUUCACUUACUUAUCAUCAGAAAAUUCAUACUGGAGAGAAACCUUUUGAAUGUAACUUAUGUGGAAAAGCUUUUAUCCGAAACAUACACCUUGCCCAUCAUCACAGAAUACAUACUGGAGAGAAGCCUUUCAAAUGUAAUGUAUGUGAAAAAGCCUUUGUCUGCAGGGCACAUCUUACUAAACACCAGAAUAUUCAUAGUGGAGAAAAACCCUAUAAAUGUCACGAAUGUGGGAAAGCCUUCAAUCAGAGUACUAGUUUUCUUCAGCAUCAAAGAAUCCACACAGGAGAGAAGCCCUUUGAAUGUAAUGAAUGUGGAAAGGCCUUCAGGGUCAACUCUUCCCUUACUGAACAUCAGAGAAUUCAUACUGGAGAAAAACCUUAUAAAUGUAACGAGUGUGGAAAAGCUUUCAGGGAUAAUUCAUCCUUUGCGCGACAUCGGAAAAUUCAUACUGGAGAGAAGCCAUACAGAUGUGGCUUGUGUGAGAAAGCCUUCAGGGACCAAUCAGCCCUUGCCCAACAUCAAAGAAUUCACACUGGGGAAAAACCUUAUACAUGUAAUUUAUGUGGAAAGGCUUUCAGUGACCAUUCAGCUCUAACUCAGCAUAAGAGAAUUCAUACUAGAGAAAAACCUUACAAAUGUAAAACCUGUGAGAAAGCCUUUAUCCGAAGCACACACCUUACUCAACAUCAGAGGAUUCACACAGGAGAAAAACCCUACAAAUGUAAUAAAUGUGGGAAAGCCUUCAACCAGACUGCAAAUCUCAUUCAGCAUCAGAGACAUCAUAUUGGGGGGAAAUGAUAAGAACGCAAUUUCUGUGGAAAAGCUGUGAGACUGAGCAUCAGUUACUGA